GUUGAAUUGGAUUUAAUAGAAUCGAAACCUUGCUAUGAUUGUGAAAUAAAUAAUAAAUAAAAAAAUAAUAAAAAGAUAUUGUGAUAUAGAGUUUGUGAAGGGAAUCUCUAUUUGUAGCUGAUUGUGAAAAUGGAAAAUAAUUUUGAAGAAAAUUCACUUUCUUCACUCCUUACUGCUGUUAAUGAUGCAAAAUCUACUGUAGACAAUCUAAAAAUUCGUAGAAUUGUUGGAAAACCUAAAAUUGAAUUGAGAGAUCCUUAUGCUUGUUCUGCCAUUUUAGAUUUUUGUAUGGUUUCUGCAGCUUUUCAGUAUUAUAAAGAAAAUGAAAAAAAUGUAUCUUUGGACAUUUCCAAUUUAUCUAAUAGCAUGUGGGAUAAAAGUUAUGCUCUAAUAAAAGACAUUGAUUGUAUACAGUCAGUGGAUUCAAACGACGAUUUGGGGAAAACCUUAUUUGAUUUACAAAUGGAUGCAGAUUUCAUUUCAGAAUGGCCCAAAUUCAAUACAGAUUUUUUAAAUAUGUGUAAUUUUUUUGAUGAUCAAAGUGAAUCAAAUGACAUUCUCAGUAACCCUUCAACUAUUUGUAAAAACCAAAUGGAUGAAAAGGAAUUCUCUAAUCCAAUGGUUGUUAAUUUUGAAACAAGUAGUUCUGAGUUGAAAGAUUAUUCAAAAAAUUUAGAUAAUGAUACUUCUGUAAAUACUUUAGUGGAGACAGGUGAUAAAAGUUUUGAAACCAAAUUUGUUAUUUCUAAGUCAAGUUUUUCUCCAAGCCAACAUUCUACAAAUACUAAUGAAGAUAAUUCUGUUUUAAAGUGUUCCCAUGGUGAAGGUUACUUUCCUGAAGAAUUAGAUUAUGAACCAUCUGAUACUGGUGAAACUGAAACAAAGGAGAGUGAUAAUGAAUUUUAUAUUGAUAAUACAUUAAAGGAAGAAGAAACUAAAAGUUUUUCAAAUUAUUGCCCUACACAUGCAUCUUCGGAAAAUUCUACAUUUCAGAAAAAGGACAAAGAUGUUGACUCACCUAAAAAGCAAACAGAAAUUUGUCCUCAUACAGAUUUUGUCAGUUUUUUUCAAAAUAAUUUUGAUCCAUUGUCUAGCAAAAGUAAAUUUCAAAAUAAUUAUGAAAGAGGCUUUGAAUAUGAUGAUGAGGAUGAUUCAGAAAGUGAUAGUGAACAUUCUUUCAAAAGGAAUUCAAGCAGAAAUAUUAAAGUAAAUAACCAAAAAAGUCUGCAACAACCUAUAAUUAACUCGACUGUUUUUAAAGACAAUCAUCUUAACAACAUAAAUGAAGUGAUGCUUUAUAUUUCUGAACAAUGCAUAUCUGGUAACAUAAAUGAAGCAAUAACUGUCGCAAAUAAAUAUAUUGCAAUCAGUGUAGAAUCUAUGCAAUUAGAAAUAUUCAAAGAAUUGUUCAUUAAUGUAAUAGAUUUCAUUAAAAAUUCUAUUCAUCUUAUUGAUGAUGCCUGGAUUUCUAGGAAUUUCGGAAAAAUUAUGAAUAUUUUCCAUCGAUCGAAAUUGUUCAAUUCUGAUCUGUGCUCUCUGAUUGUCAGUGAAUGCUUUAACUGUGAUUGUACAGUUAAAACUGGCAAGAAAUUCUUUUCUUUUGUUCAGAAAAUAAAAGUUCCUGUCAACAGCAAUGCAGUAUCUUCCUAUGUCGGUAUUAUGAUAUUUUCAGAAAUUUCAUCCCUUGAACUUAUUUCAUUUAUGGAAUAUGUGAAAUGUGUAUGCAAUCUUCUCUGUCCCAAAACUGUUCUCACUGAAGUUCUAGAGCGUUUUUCAAAACAAGAAGAAAAUAAUUUGCUUGUUGGAUUCUUUAGACUAUGUAAAUUUUUGUGCUCUGUAAGUUCAUUGGAAGUUGAUAUAAAUUCCCUACAGAAUUUCAUCAAAUUUUGCAUCAAAAAUGAUUGGUGGAUACAGAUAGCAAAUUUUUUCCAAGCUUGGUACAAAGAUGGUAAUUUAAUUGCUUGUUUGAAUCAAAGCUUUUUAUUUCAUUCAGAAGAUGUUGGCAUGUUCUAUGAAAAGCUUGCAAAGGAAGUUUAUAGGCAUGGGGAUGUGCCUCUGCAGCUCGUGGGAAUUUUAGGACAAAUGGGCGUGUCCAUGAUGUUGGAAGUUUUUUCCAGAAAGCAGUACCAGAGUGCCUUUGAAGUCUUGUUCAUAUUGCAUAAGCACAACAUAAACUACAUGGGUCUUCAACUCUGUUUGUAUAAUGCCCCAAGUUUUCUGAAGAGCUUCCCAAAAUUUUCAGAUAUCUUUGUAUUGCCAUUCACUGUGGCAUUUGCUGCCUUGGAUAUUUGUCUUCACUUGAAAAGAUUUCAAGAUGCCUACUGUAUUUUUAAAAGUUUCUCAUUGAACCUGCCUGAUUAUAUGGAAGACACAUUGAAAUUAGAAGUUAGACAUAAAAGAUUUGGAUAUUUAUUAAAUUUGGCACAGGAAUUGUAUUCAAAAGAUCAUUUUAAAUUGGGGUUACAAGCACUCUGUGAUAUUUGUGUAGCAGUGAAAGAAUUUUCUUUAGAAGAACUUAAGGAUUUUGCGGAAGAAAUACAAGUCAUUUACAAUAAGUAUCUUAUAUAUAUUAUAAAUGGAUGUCAGUUCCAUACUGCAUUAGAACUUUUUGAACAUUCUGAUGGUGUGAUGAAAGAGCUAUUUGUUAUUCAACCUCAAGUUUUGCGAGGUCUUUUUGUAACUUUUGCUGAAAAUGGUAGAAUAGAUGAAGCUUAUAAAUUCUUUUCAUUAGGAUGUGCAAGGAAAAUUUAUAACAUAGAACAAAUUGAACAAUCUGCUUGGUGUCUCACUAUAAUGUCUUCAUGGACAUUUUUUGAAGUAGAGUUUGUUACCUGGACUUUUAUUAAAAAUGUCUCCCUGGCUUGGAAUGGCAAAUACAAAACUGGCUUUGGCAUGCAACUUUCAUCAAAAAUAUUAUUCAAAGAAUCAGAAGAAGACUGCUUGGAAAUAAAAUGCCUAAAGAAAUCUCACAAUAUAGGCUCUACCAAAGAAAUCACUUGUAAAGUUUUGCAUUCCUUGGAUUCCAACAUUAAAUGGGUUGAAGUUGAAAACCCUGUUGGUCUAAAACUUGUUCCUAGCACAAUUAAUAACUUUUGGAUGAAUACAUCGCCAAACUUUUUCUGCUGGAAAAAUUCUAGAGAAAAUUUAUUCGAAGAUAUCAAGCCAAAUGCUGAAUUUAAAAUUCAGUUAUCUGAGGAAAAUGUUGAUUGUAAAUAUUCAACUCACUCUGACAGCAUGAAAACAUUGGACACAGUAUCCAGUCAAUUGACACCUGAAUAUUCUGUCCCAGACAGCUCCUAUCAGUUCUUUCCAGACAAAGUCAGCCACCAGUCACUGUCACAUCCAAAGAAUUCUCCUCAUAUGACACCAGAAGAAACGAUUUUAGAUAUAACCCAUCAUCAGUUAAUGGUUUUAAAAGGCACUGAGCAAGAACAGAUAAUUUCCAGCUCUAAUCAAUUAUCUCCUGAUACACAUUCGAGUAAAACUACCUGCUGGACUCCUGAUGGAAAGAUAUCUAAAAUUGCUCCCAAAAAGAAUUCAACUGAUGUUUGCUUUGAAGACAACAAUCAGUUGAUUUCUAAGAAAAGAGUUUGCAACAAAAUUAAAGUUUUUAAAAAUCUUCGUCGGCUCAAAUCAAAAAAUGGAGUUUCAAAAACUGUGCAAUUGAAAAAUAAAUUUAAAAAAAUUCAUUCAAAAAAAUGCAACAAGAAUAAUUCAAAAAAAUUGGCGAUUUUGCCUCAAAAAGCUGAAAAAUCACUUUCUAAAAGCGAAUAUCUAUGUCCAGAAUCUUCUAAACAAGCUUGUUCAUCCGAGUCAUGGAAAACUGAAAAUUUUCGAAUUACUUUGAAUAACUCUGCACAAGACGGAAAGUCUCGUAUGGUGAACCAUGUAUCUGAAGUGAAAUUGGCUGAACCGAAAGAGAAAACAAAAGUUUCAAAUGUCCCUGAAGCAGUGUUUCAAAAAAUUGUUUUGUUUUUACAAUCAAAAGUCUUGUUGAAGUGUAAAGAUCUACAACCGGAGCAGCAACAAGAAAAAGUUAACCAUUUGGCCAACUUGUUCAUCCAAAGCAAUGUUGUAGGUGUAUUGGAUAAAAAGACUAUGAAACUCCUCAGUGGAUUUGCAGAAAGUAGUAUAUAAAUAUGCAUUUAUUUCGCAAGUGAUGCACACGUUUUUUUUUACCCCCUUAUGGGCGCUAUUAUUUAUUGUUAUUUGAAGCUUUAGAUACAUCAUUUUUUCGUUGUUUCUGUUAAAACUAUGAA